CUACUGUCCUGUUUAAUAGUUGAAGAUGGCUAGCUCUAGUGGUCUCCAAGAUGCAGCUGAAAAGUCUGUCAUCUCAAACCUCGGUGAAAUUGCGAAGACAAUCCAGUGUCGAUUUUGUUGUGGAGGCUCCCUUCCCCAAGUGGAUAACGUGACCAUACACUACUGUAACACAAAGAAAUCAAGAGUCUACAAUGCACUAACCUUGCCAGCAGAUGUGUUGGAGGACAAAAAUCUUCCUGAGUUCCUCGAGGCCUGCUCUACUGCUAGUUUUGGCAUGGGCAGCCAAACUGUCACUGACCCAACUUAUAGGGAUGCUCUCAAAUUAGAUCCUGAUUGUUUUACUGCCAAUUUCGAGUUAGCCAACACAACAAUUCUUGGCUCCAUUGCUAGCAUCAUGGCUGAUGGGGCAUCCAUCCGAGCAGAGCUAUACAAACUGAAUGUCUACUCGACUGGCGGUCACUUUAAGGCUCACGUGGACACACCUCGAUCUUCGGAGAUGUUCGGCAGCCUGGUAGUGAGUCUCCCCUCUCAGUUCACAGGAGGUGCUCUAGUGACCAGGCACCAGGGACACACAGUGAUGUUUGAUUGGAGUUCUUCCCCAACAACCACUCAGUGGGCUGCGUUCUAUAGUGAUGUGGAGCACGAAGUUCUCCCUGUGACCAGUGGCUAUCGCUUCACCCUCACCUACAACCUUUACUACACUCUGUCUGCCUGCCAUCCAGUAUCACUGGACAUUACUACCAGCCCUCUCUACAAAGAGCUGCAGGCUGCUUUGAAGACCCCUCACUUCAUGAGGGAGGGUGGAAGUCUCGGGUUUUUCUGUCGCUACCGAUAUGUGGAGUGUGAGAGUGACGAAUUCCACAAGUUUAGAGAUGCUCCUUUCCUUAAAGGAGAAGACAUGAUCAUUUACCGUGUUGCCAAAUCACUUGGUCUUUCUGUGCAGUUGAAGGCAAUAUGUGGAGGAGAUGAUUACGGUUAUGGGAGGCGUAAUUUCAUUGUACCAUCAUUUCAACAUAAAGUAAAUGAUCAACCUGUAAUCAAUGGGACUGAGGAUGAAGAUGAACUGAAGAAAGCUUUUGGCUAUGUCGAGAAUGCUGAGAAUGUUCGUUGGUGUGUGUGGACGGAGGAAAGGAAGGUGCCAUUGCUGUCAUGUCUUUUCUUUGGCAACGAAGAAGCUGCCGAUGCGUAUUACCAGUCCGCUGCUCUGCUAAUAGAAGUACCCAAAUUCACCAGUGGUCGUGGAGCUUCUGUUGACUCUGUACAAAGUGUGGUCAGUUGUCUAGAACAAGUCAAUGAGAAAAUCCGAGAAGUUGAAGCUGAUCUAACAAGGAAUGAUACUGAAGUGGAUGAUGGUUUGCAUAAAAUGCUACAAAAUAAGCGUACUAAACUUGUGACAGAAAGAAAUGAGAUGAUGUGCAUAUUAUAGUUCCACCUAGCAAAAAAGGACAAUAAUUAUUAUUAUGCUAUUCAACCAUCUUUUGU